GCCAACAUGAAAGCUGCAACAACUCUGCACAUAUUUUCUCUUCUUUUCACUAAAGUUGCUGUGAAGAUUUACUGAAUGAUGAAGCUGAAUUGGAUUGAACUUUUAAUUCUAUGUUUAAUCUUUUCUGCAGCUGAAUGUGGUUUUCACUCUCUACAAUUUUUGUCGUCUGGACUGGUAAAGUCUACAGGUCGACCUGUUUUUGAGCAGCUGCUGUUAUUUGAUGGAGUUGAAAUCUCAUACUGUGACAGCAGAACCAGACAAGAACAACUCAAACCCACACUGCAAACAAAACACUUACCUGAGACGUGUGACGAGGCACGAGCUGAUAUCCUUGCAUUUCUGUAUGAGACCACUCCAUUUAUCAACAGGACAGUCGGUGUUGUGCAGCGGCGGCGUGGCUGCAUCCAAUCAGAUGAUGGGAGCGUUUCUGCUUUUGAAGCCUGGGCAGUAAAUGGGAUGGACUUCCUGACCUUUGACCCUGAGUCUCAGAAGUGGACGUCUCAAUCACCGUCUUCAGAAACAGUUCGACAUCUCUGGAACAAAGACAAAGAGAGGAAUUUUGCCUUUCGACAUUUCAUCAGACAUCUGUGUCCAGAAAUGAUCCAGAAAAUUACUUUGAGAUCAGUCAAUAAAAACACAGAACUGCGUGUGUUCGGUAAACCCACUGCGUACACCAACCAGGCGCUGCUGAGGUGUCAUGUGACCACCACUGACAAAUCAGCAGGUUCAGUUCAUCUGGUCGGAGACGCAGCUCCUCAGGCCAUUUGGACCUCAGUGACCGGUCCGGUACCAUCUGGAGAUGGAUGUGUGAUCCUCAGACUGACAGCUCGGAUCUAUACACAAAAACCCAACACCUACGGAUGUACAGUACAAACAGGAAGUCACAACAGGACCGUCUACUGGGAUGGAAAAACACUUGAUGGAACUGAUCUGGCAAACAAGUUCAACAGUAACUGGAAAGUUCUGUCUCUGUUAAUAGGACUUGGAUUCACAAUUAUUGCGAGCACCAUACUAUUCUAUGGAAUCAUAGUUCUCAGAAAAUGUGACAAGAAGAUCCCUGUGCCUAAAAAACUGGAUUCACUGAUGAUGAGACUCAUUGAAAACUCUUCCUCUCCAGAGUUGAAGAUCAUUGCUCUUUCAUUCGUAUUUGGUUCAAAUAUUCCAGAAAAAUAUAAAGAGUCCCUGGAAGAGUGGGCCAAGAGGAUGAAGGAAAAAGAUCUGAACUACUAUGAUCCUGAUUACUUUGCUGGCAAUAGUAAUGUCAGUGAAAUUUAAGUAAAAUUUAAAUGAUGAAAACUCAAAGGUCUCAUAUUUAAAUGUCAAACAGAGAACACUUCUGUUCUCUGAAGUGGAUUUACUGUCUGUAAUGACAUACAAGUCAAGGUAUGUUUACAUAUUACUGAUUUCUUUUUUAAUUUGCAUAUUCCAUACCAUGUAACUGGGAUUGUAAGGUUAUAGAUUAACAACUACAGAUCAGUAACUGGACAGUGAACCUGUGAAAACUGUAAAGACAGAACAGACCAUUUGUUUGAAAACUGACUAAAGAUAAAGAACACUUCUUUUCUUUAUGGAGACAAACACUUACAGCCUGUUACUGACCUCCUCCUA